ACCGAAUUGACCACCGUUCGAAUAUCGUUGUCGCGUGCGGAUCCACGAUCGAUGUAAACAAAAGAUCGAUGGCGAUCGGCAGCUGAUCGAUAAGGUCGAUUUUUCGGCACGUGCGGGUCGGGCCUUACCGGCGGUACGGUUUUGGGGGUAGUGCGUCGUUUUUCCGAGUUUUACGGUACGGUUUUUCCGGGGUUAAGGUGCGCACACGUGGAUCUAUGGUGAUUUGAAGAGGAAGAUGAGUAAUUACAGGAAUUUGGCACCAUGGAAUAAAAGCACAUCUGCAGGAAAUAGUAAACUAACCUCCCCAUAUAAAUACGAAUCUAGUGGCGUGGGCAAAACUUCUGGGACAGACGCCAGGAGCAAGCUCGACGACGAGAAGAAAUCAACGCCGACGCUCAGAAUCCAAGCGCCGAAGUUUGGAAGUAGUUUGUACAAUGCUGGACAUCAAAGAAACACAACCUCCACUUCAAAAGACACAGGCAACUACUCCAAUAGAAGCGAACUUCCACGUUUCAAACCAUCCCUAGACAGAAAAGAAUCCCUCCAUCCGCCAGUCUCGUACAGACCCUUCACCAAGACCACACCAAGAUCCCGUGAUCCCAGCCCAGUAGACAGAAGCACAACAUCAUCCUCCACCAGUUACAAUCGCUUGGCACCUCCUUCCGUCCGCAGAUCUGUAAGCAGAGAAAGGACCAACUCCACGUCUUCCAUAGGUUCCAUUAGUACCACCACACCAAGAUACGGAGGAAGAUCGUCUCUGAACCAAGAUGAUUUACCAAGUGCUAAAAAAUAUUCUGGUAUCAGUAAGCCAGAUAAAUAUGAAGACAGUACCUCGAAAUAUAAGAAUAUUGGAAGAACAACGUCAAGGGAAGAUCUCACGGGCUCAUCAAAGUACAUCACGAGUAGAUUCCUGCCAAAAAAUACGAUCGAAAGAAGUUAUAGCGGUUAUUCGAGGGGAUCUUCUUCUCUUGCCAAAGCCAAUGAAGCCAGUAGGAAGAACAGGGAGCUUCUCAACGUUAUUCAAGCCCAGCAAGAACGUGGAAGAACCAGCAGAUCAGUUAGUAGAUGCUCUUCGAUCAACUUCGAUGACAUAUCCCAGAGAUCUUCAAGAGGAAGUACCUCUGAAACACCUUCCUCGCAGAAAGAAGUGGAGAUGGAGACGAUAAAUGUUGUUACUAGAGCGACAUCACCCACUCUUUCUAAACCUACCUCACUCCUCAAACCAAGAAGAAUAGAGAUAGCGAAAACUAUCGAGAAACAAGUAUUAAGACCGAAACACAAGCCUGAAAUGGAGGACAAAGCAAUACAGUCAGACCGUUUGGAUGAUACCACCAAAAAUUCUAAAUUCGCUGGAGCUUCAAGGAUAACAGCCACCUCGUGGAACUCUAUGCUCGAUAUGAAAUUCUCUAGUCCCAACAAGAAAAUCACCAAAAGUAGUUCUAAUUCUAGUGAAAGUUCAGGUAACGAACAAAGCAGUCCUAAAAAGAAAGAAAGCAGUCCUAACAGUCCUGGUUUACCAAAGAGCAGCUCAAAUAAAAGUGUGGGACAUUCUUGUGUUCCCGAAGAAAAGUCCAAAUCUGCAGGGGGAAAAAACGAACGUAAACUAUUGCCACCUCAGAUUCCGACCAGAGACUCAUCGGCUAAAUCCAUCACCAAUCACUUAUCCUCUAGCAACCAAAACAAAGAUUUCAGAAAGUCAAUUCUAAACAUGUCUGAUCUGGCAAAGAGAAAGGUUGGUAGACGCAGCAAUUCGGUGAGUUCAGCUGAUUCGGAGUCUGAAAAUGUGAAAGAUUCGGAGGCCACUGAUAUUUCAGAGAACCUUACAAGCUGUAGAUCAUUCCAUAAUAGUACUUCUCUUGGUUCCAAAUUACCCCAGAAAUUAGGUUCUGAGAAGAACUUGAAUAAUAGGAGUAGAAGGUCACCAAGUUCAGACUUGAGUUUAUCGUUGUCUUCUGCUAAUGCUAGUGGAAAUGAAGAAGAAACGAAGGCUAAACCUGUUGGAGAAACAGCGCCAAAAGAACAAAAUUUCAGACAAAACGAAGGCUCUUCUUUGAGCCAAAGCAGUAACCUAGACAGCGCUCAAGCUAAAUCAUUCCUCAGCAGAGCUCUAGCUCCUGUUACCAAUUUUUUCAAAGCAAAACAAGAAUCGGAGGAGAAGGUGAAAUGGGAAAUGAGUAGCAGUUCUGAAGGAAACGCAGACAGUAACUCGCAGCACCGAAAACUUCAAGAGGCCAGUGACGUACAGGUCAAAACGUUGAGGGUACCUUCAAUGCGUCAUGUACCAUCUGGGGAAAUACCUUGGUGGUUGGACGAAAACGCAGAAAUACCUGAGGGAGUCAAAACUUACCCCAAUUGGGUGAAGGAAGAUGGCACCACUGCCGACGGGAGGGUUGUGUACAGACUUAGGAAGAACGAAUCCGGGAACUCAUCUUGGUGGAACGAUUCUAGUGAGAAUUCUGAAGCCAGGCCAGCACAGAAAGAUAAGAGUCCGAAUUUGCUUUGUGUGCAAGAACAUUCUGAUGAGUACGGAAAAGCUUUGUUCAAAAUAAGGAGAAACGAUUCGACUAAGAGUGGAUGGUGGUUAGACUCAAGCGAAAAUUCAUCAGCAGACCCUAAGAACGUUGACGGAGAGUACUUAGUCCAGAAAGAUGAGAACGGGAGGAUAUCAUACAGGAAGAAAGAUCCUACCGACGCAGAUGGAAAUACAGUUUACUUACAGCAACAGACCGACGAGCACGGAAAAACCAUGUACAAAAUAAGGAGGAACGAUUCUUCGAAGAGUUCUUGGUGGCUGGAUUCCAGUGAAAGUUCAGGACCGAAGAAAAACCAAGUGCUAGAAGGAGAUUACGUGAUACAGAAAGAUGAAAUGGGACGAGUACUGUACAAGAUAAGGAAAAACGAUUCGAUGACUAGCUCUUGGUGGAACGAUUCUAACGAAAAUUCCAAUUCAGGAAAGCUAGAAGGGAAAGAGGGACAGAGCCAACAGACUCUUGAUUCCGAAUAUUUGGAGUUACACAAGAUCAGACAUAUAGAUUCUGGAGAAAGAGCUUGGUGGUUGAGUAGUCAAGAGAAUAUAGCUGAAGCUUCUCAACCAGAUACCGAAGGUGUUCAGUCUUUGAUAAAGAUACGUCAUCAGGAUUCGGGAGAACCUGCUUGGUGGCUUCAGAAUGAGGAGGGAGGAGAUCCGGUUCCUUUGGGAGAUAGGGCUAGUCCUGAAGGACUUGAGAUGCCGAAGGAUGAGGGUAGAUUGAGUCCUUAUGAUAAUGUGCCAGAGAGCAAGGUCAGGCCAGAUACCUUGUUUAUCUCAAAACAUACGAAUAUUGAUGACAUAUUGGGAGGUGCGUCUCAGAUGUGGAGUCCUUUGAUGGAGAGACUGUUCGGUUACCAUGGUGAUUCUAAGAAUGGUGGGAACGUUAUUGGUGGUGAUGUAAAUAAUGGACCAGGAAAUAUGGAAGGAUAUGAUGGUGCAAAAGUCAAGUAUGCCAACACAAAGUUGGAUGAUGCCGCCCUGCAGCUGUACAAAGACGGCGACUAUGGCUCUUACCUUGACCUGGACGCUUCCAUCAGCGAGCAACAGGAGGAAUUCGAGGGCUUUCAAUCAAACAAAAAGAAUUCCAUUGUACUUCGAACCCAGUUGUCUGUCAGAGUACACACAAUUAUAGAGAAACUCCUCACCUCCGAAGGAAGGGAACUCCGGAGGGCCCUGUUUUCCCUCAAACAGAUCUUCCAGGAAGACAAGGAUCUGGUACAUGAGUUCGUGCAGAACGACGGUCUGUCAUGUCUGAUCAAAGUAGGCUCGGAAGCAGACCAGAACUACCAGAAUUACAUACUGAGGGCUCUUGGCCAGGUGAUGCUCUAUGUGGACGGCAUGAACGGGGUCAUGGACCACAACCAGACCGUCCAGUGGUUGUACAGCCUCAUCUCCUCGAAGUUCAGGCUGGUUGUCAAGACUGCCCUCAAGUUGCUUCUGGUGUUCGUUGAAUACACGGACUCGAAUUGUAUGCUCUUGGUUAAAGCUGUUCAGGCGGUGGACUGUUCCCAAGGCCUCUUGCCUUGGCAUAAUGUCAUGAAACUUUUGAGGGACUUCGAUUCUGCUGACACAGAAUUGCUUAUUUACGCUACCACGUUGAUAAACAAAGUACUGAAUGGAGUUCCUGACCAAGAUACCUACUACGAUCAAACAGACUCCUUGGAGGAGCAAGGCAUCGAGCACAUCAUCCAAAGGUACAUGUCGAAGCCCGGCACAGACCUGGAUCUCCUCCAGCAGUUCCAGAUCUACGAGGCGGUGCUCCAGUACGAAGAUGGCGAAGAGACCAGCGGCAACCCUUUCCGCCUCUUGGACGAGAGCAUCAGGAAGACCCUGCGCUGCCGGAAGUCGAUGGUAGAUUCGACGGAGAGACGGAAGAGUAGAAGACACUCGACAGGUACCUCGAACGUGUACGCUUUGAACAAAAAGAACAGCAUUAACAACAAUAACAACAAUGUGGGCCUUUGCUUGCAACCGCAGACUAACCAGGAGGAUGACGAUGACACGUCUAGCUCGCAUUCUUCGGAGAUGGGCAACCCUGAUCCGAACCUGAAUGGAAGGUACAAAGAUAAUAAUCAAGCUCGUGAAGCUGGCGUCACACCCGCUUUAAGGCAGCGAAGGGAGAGAGCAGAAAGACAGAGGCAUUUUUUGAAACAGCAGCAAGAAACGAUCUCAAUGUAUAGGAACAAAGUUCAAAACGUGGAAGACACCAAUAACGAUAAAGUAAACGGCAAUUACACAAACGCUCUCCAACAAAGGAUCAACAACAACGGCAACAUCCUGAACCGCAACUCUUCCAGAAAGGACCUCACCCCACUCCUGAACGCCGUAAACAAGCUGGAUACCGAAGAGAGCCUCACGAAACAGCCGUGGAUUCUGUCCAUGAUGUACAACAAGAACUCCGAAACUCAGGAGGGAAGGGAGAACGAGAACGACGCUGAGAACGGCAACGAGAACGAGAGAAACCUGCUGAUGCAGCUGAAGAGGGAGAACACGGUGAAGGACCUCACCCAGAAACUGGCCAGUCAAAACAUCCUGCACAGUCCUUCGGAGGAGAAUAAGAUUAACAGGAUGGGGGAUAUGUCAGGCUUGAUCUCCAAGGCGAAGGAAGGUUUGGCGAAGUCCAAAUCCAAGGUGGACGUUGUGAAGAGUCCCACGUCUGAGAACGUGCCAAAGUUCGAGGCGAAAAAGUCAGAGAACGAGCUCAGAUGGGAAGAGAUGGUGGCCAACAUGAAGAGGAGCCUGAACCUCUGCGACAUGGACUUCACAGACUUGGGGAGCGAGGACGAAGUAGACAUAUUGGCGCCUACGCAAGUCAGCAACGGGAUACCACCACCCCCUCCACCUUUGCUGAAGGAGCAUCCGGUGGCGCCACCUCCGCCGCCCUUGUCAAAUAGAUUGGGGGCCCCUCCAUUCGCUCCAAAUCCCCCACCGCCUGUAUUCAGUACAAAUCUACAGAAACCAAAAAACGAGACAAAGAUACCAAUAAAGAAAAACAAGAAAACAGUGAAACUAUUCUGGAAAGAGGUUAGAGACGACUUGGUGGCUUCAAAUAAAUUGAAAUCUGGUCACAUUUGGGAUGAACUCAGUCCGGUCAGUGUUGAUACGCAAAAGUUGGAACAUCUCUUCGAGUCUAGAGCUAAAGACCUCCUCACUAAGAAACAACAAGAGCUGAACAAGAACAAGGAGAUAAUAGUCCUGGAUCCAAAGAGAUCGAACGCCAUCAAUAUCGGUAUGACAAAACUGCCGCCUCCCAGAUCGAUCAAGGCCGCCAUUUUGAAAAUGGACGCCACCAUCAUGAACAGGGAGGGCAUUGAAAAGCUGCUCACGAUGUUACCAACCAAGGAUGAAAGGACGAAAAUACAGGAGGCGCAGGCCGCCAACCCUGAUCUUCCCCUGGGAAGCGCAGAACAGUUCCUGCUCACCUUGGCCUCGAUAUCGGAGCUUCAGGCCCGGCUCAAGCUAUGGGCCUUCAAGCUCGACUUUGAGAACACGGAGAGGGAGAUUGCUGAGCCUCUGAUGGACCUCAAGCAGGGGAUUGAAGUUCUCAGGGCGAACAAGACGUUUAGGGGCAUUCUGAGCACUCUGCUCUCCAUAGGUAAUUUCUUGAAUGGCGCCGAAGUAAAAGGUUUUCAAAUAGAAUAUCUGGCCAAAGUACCUGAAGUGAAGGACACUGUCCACAAACAUUCCUUGCUGCACCAUCUUUGUCAUAUUGUGAUGGAGAAAUUUCCCGAAGCCACGGAUCUUUACUCGGAGAUCGGCGCCAUUACCAGAGCGUCCAAGGUGGACUUCGACGAGCUGACAUUGAGCAUCCAGAGGCUGGAGGAUGAUUGCAAGGCGUCUUGGGAUCAUCUCAAGGUCAUCGCAAAGCAUGACGGCACCACGAUGAUCAAGGGCAAGAUGUCUGACUUCCUGUCAGAUUGCGCCGAAAGAAUUAUACUGUUGAAUAUCAUACACAGGAGAGUUAUGAAUAGGUUUCAUAAAUUCUUGUUAUGGCUGGGCAUUCCUGUCCAUCAGAUCAGUGAUACUAAGCCAAAUGAAUUCUGCAAGAUUAUAUCGGAAUUCGCUCUAGAGUAUAGGACGACCAGGGAGAGAGUGCUACAACAGCUAGAGAAGAAGGCCAACCACAGAGAGAGAAACAAGACACGAGGAAAGAUGAUAACAGACGUCGGCAAGUUCAAGACGAAGGAAGACCGAGCCGACGCUGAGCUCAGACAACUGCUGGGCAGCGACCUCUCGGACGUCGAGAGCUUCCAGGGGACGCUGCCGCUCAGGAGGACCCGGAGGGACGGCAACAGGUCGUUCCUAGGCAGCACCAACGGCAACCUGACCGACGGCGAUGACGAGAUCCUGGAGAGCCUGGUGAAGACGGCCACCAAGGGACCGUCGAGGAUCGCGCCAAGGGAGAGGAAGAGGACGAGGCACGCCGAUAGGAAAUCAUUGAGGAGGACUUUGAAGAAUGGGUUAUCCGAAGAGGAGAAAAACCACCUUUCGGCUUAUAUCAAGGGUUACUAACGAUUGUGAUUGAAGACAGAACGCCACCAUUUAGUGAAUCUUCAGAACGACUAUCCUAAUGUGAUAAAGUAUGGCUGCUCACCCCUAUACUUGUACUAAUUUAGUUAUUUAUAUUUUGUGAAUCGAAACCAACAAGUUAUUUAUUUUGGGUUGGAAUGAACGAAUGAGAUUAAGUUUUCGGUUAUAUUUUGUAGGACAGCAUUAUAUGGAUCUUAAUUGGAAACGUAGCGCAGUCGAUGUGAUUUUUUUCUAAUUUUUAGUAUCGAUUUCCUGUAAUUCAAGUUUGUUAGAAAAUAUCUGCGCUUGUGUAAUUGCCUUCUACAUGUUAUCUACUAGUCUAUUUUUGUUCAACUAAUCUUCAUUUCUUCCUAUUCGUGA